CGUAUCUAAUCCUUACAUAGAGAUUAAAACAAUCGUAUUAGAAUGGAUUUGUUGGUAGAAAAACUUGUUCUUUUGCUGUUUUUAUUCAUACUUGGGUUUGGGGCGGGUAUUGGACCUUAUCUUCUCAGGAAUAGAUGUUUGUCUCCAAGUCGAUUUCGAGACUUGAUGGUGAGUUCAAUGAAUUGUUUAUCGGCGGGAGUUUUCUUUUCAACUUUCUUCAUGCAUAUGCUGCCUGAGGCGCAAGAAGAAUUUGCUUCAGUGUUUGGAGAAACUGGUUAUCCAUUUGCUGAGUUGCUUGUUUCACUUGGUUUCUUCUUCGUGAUGUUAAUUGAACAGUUUGUUCUUACUUGUUAUGAUGACAAUGCUAAACAAAAGACAACAGAAGGAAACAUGAUUGCGAACUCAUAUGCAUCGGCAAACUUUGAGAGCUCAGAAGUUGAAAGAUCAACUUUGUCUCAAAAUAAUCCCAACUACCACACAUUAGACCUGGUAAAAGAUGAGAAUAAUGGACGAGAUAGAAAAGGUUCAACUCAAACUGAAGUAAUUGUAUGUGAGGGUGAACAAACUGUUAUCAAAGUUGUGAAAGCAAAACCGACCCAAGGACACAGCCAUGGACACGCAGAUAUACCCUCUCAUUCUUCAGUUAGAGCUAUCAUACUUCUAUUUGCAUUAUCAGCACAUGCAUUAUUUGAAGGUUUAGCUAUUGGGUUACAAACAUCUACAAAUGCAUUGAGGACCCUGGUUGUGGCUGUGCUUAUUCAUAAGAUGGCUCUUGCAUUCAGUUAUGGUAUCAGUCUCAUAUCAGACAAAGCAAACUUAAAGAGCGUUCUCACAGCUUUAACAAUAUUUUCAAUCAUGGCACCUAUUGGCAUUGGGGUUGGGGCCGCCUUGACAUCUGCAAAGGAAGGUGACGAUGUCAUUGAAAAGAUCAUUGCUAUUACACAGGCUUUUGCGUCCGGGACGUUUGUUUACGUCAUAUUCAUAGAAAUCAUACCUCACGAGUUCACUGGGGAGUCGUCGGAUCGUAGAAUGUCGAAAGUUACAUGUAUGAUGGCUGGCUUCGCGGUGAUGGCAAGUUUACAAGCAUUACCACAUGAAGAAUAAAAUUUAAGACACCCAAUCAGCGCAGAUCGGCGAUUGAAUCAGAAAAACUGAAGCUUCCGUUGAAACUACAGCGUUUUUCACAAGUUCGCGCCAAAUGUAAAAUACCUUUUCAAGUCAACACAUUUGCACCUCAUUUUUCGAACUUUCGUCAAAGUGAAAAUAGCCGUAAGAUGCGUGUCGUGAUGUCACUUGUUGUAAAACUACUGUACGCUGAAUAAACGAUUCCGAGUCGA